AAAAAACCUAAUUUCUGUGAGUCGAUAAGUGAUAAGAACUGAUGGAUUUCUACCAGUAGGCGAAAUUAUGGAAGAGGCUCCAGCCGUGAAAACAAAGAAUGAUAAGUUCGUAAAAACUCUCAUUAUUGGAGCAGGAAUAGCCGGACUUUCUGCCGCGAAUCAUUUAGUAAAGAAUAAUGACACCAACUUUGUUGUGCUGGAGGCCAAGGACAAAAUAGGAGGACGGAUAUCUAGCUUUGAAAUUCAAGGAGAAAAAUUGGACCUUGGAGCAAAUCGGAUACAUGGUGUCCUAGGGAAUCCGAUGUAUGAGAUAGCAAUGGCUCACAAUUUAAUAGACAUCGUUCAAACACCAAAACCACACAAAGUUGUAGCAGCUCUUGAAGAUGGUAAACAAGUGCCAUUCAGCAUCUUACAGGAAAUUUUCGAAGCUUACUCCUGCUUCCUGCACCGCUGUGAAGAAUACUUUUUGUGCCAGUACGAACCCCCAGAGGGCAUCAACAGCGUGGGAGAGCACAUAAAUCUAGAAGCGGCCCUUUACCUUGACAAAAUCCCUGAUGAAACUCAAAAACACGUUCGGAGUUUAAUUUUCCAAUGCCUACUUAAACGUGAAUCCUGUAUUAGCGGCUGUGAUAACAUGAAUGAUAUUGACCUUCUCGAGCUGGGUAGUUAUGUAGAGCUUCAAGGUGGAAAUAUCUCCCUACCGAAGGGUUACAGUAGUAUACUCAACCCAAUUGUAAAACUGAUACCACCUGAAAAAUUGCUGCUCAACCAUGAAGUAACAAAAGUUACGUGGGCGGAUGCAGAUGCGGACUCAGAGGAGUCUGAUGAUUCUAGUCAUACAAUAGUUGAGGAGUCGAGUCUUCGAUCAAGGCAUAAUAGUGAUUGCCCAACGGAGAGCCAAAGUACACCUCCGAAUAGGAUAGAAGUUGUGUGCAAUAAUGGUGUCAGAUUUAUAGCAGAAACUGUGAUUUGUUCCUUACCCUUAGGUGUCCUAAAAAAUUGUGCUAGAACGCUCUUUUCCCCACCAUUACCAGACUACAAAUUAGAAGCUAUUGAUAGGCUGUUAUUUGGCACUGUAAAUAAAAUUUUCUUAGUUUACGACCGACCGUUCCUAAAUACUGAUGUCACAGAGGUUUUGCUUCUUUGGAAUCAGACAAAUGAUGAAUUUAAAGAAGAUUUAUCUAGUAGAUGGUUCAAGAAAAUAUAUUCUUUCUCCAAAGUCAGUGAAACGCUUCUGUUAGGCUGGAUUAGCGGUAAAGAAGCGGAGUACAUGGAAACAUUAAGUUCGCAAGAGAUUGGAGACACUUGCACGGACAUUCUCAGGAAAUUUCUCAAUGACCCUUUCAUUCCAAAGCCUAAACUUUGUGUUUGUUCACAAUGGCAUAGCGAUAAAUAUUCACAAGGCUCAUAUACUGCCAUGGCCGUAGGCGCCACCCAAUUUGAAAUAGAACAAAUCAAAGAGCCUCUUUACAGUAACUCCCUGCAAACAAGACCUGCUGUUCUUUUUGUGGGUGAGCACACUCAUACCAACUUUUAUUCCACUGUUCACGGAGCAUACUUGACUGGUCGCAACGCAGCUCAGUUUUUGAUAGAUUGUGCAUUGAUAGGCUCAGAAAUUGUCGUUGAUUGCAAAGAAACUGCAGACUUAAGCUCAUUCAUCCAAGGAAUGUCCUUGCAGGAAUGAAAGUAAUGCACCUUUCUCUGUUUGUAGAGAAGAAAUCCAAUCUGUUUUAGUCUUCUUGUAAAAUGAAGAAAAAAAGGUCAUUCCUCAAAAGAGUCAUCAAGAUGAGUCAUCAAGCCGUAUGCAUUUUUUUCUAGAAACUGGUGUUUGUAUAAGUUUUGUUCCUUUGAAAUCAUUUCCAUCUUCAUACAAAGUAAUCAUGCCACCAUUCUCAUUUCUAAUAUUUGUAAGAUCACCAAAAGUGUUGUCCAGCUCCCGUAAAAUGUGAGCUUUUCAUUUCUUUACCAUAAUUACAAAACCAAACUCACAACGUGUCUUUCCUUUCAAGACAUUGUUUCAUUAGCAACAUUACUUAGAGAUUGAAGGUAAAAAGCAAUGAUUUUCAGGACUAAUUUCUGAAUAGAUCAAAUUUAGACUAAGCUUUGUGCUGUAGGAUUAUUUAAAUAUUUUUCUGAAAACUGCAAAUUUUUUAUGACAUGAGGAACGAAAAUUGUUUUACACCCCUACUCUAGCAUUUUGUUAGGUUGGCAUGAACCCUUUUAAAGUGUACUUCACAUGCCAAAAUAGAAUUUUGUGUAUACAUUUUGUCUAUCGCUGUCCAAAUGUCUCAUGUAGCAGCUGUCCUCCCCUGUGAGCUGGGCUCAAAUUUUGCUGCUGUCAACAGUGUGAUACUCUUCUGAUUCUCAUUACUUGUCAUUGUUAAUUUGUCCUCUCACAAUGUAGGUACAUAAUUAGAUCAAUGGCUAAAGUGCAGAAAUACGUAGCUCCAUUGCGAUUAUUCAAAUUUCUGCUCCUCUCAUAUUCUUUUGAAAAGAGACAAGCCCACUUUAUACCUUGAAAUCCAUACAGAGCACUCUGCUGAGCGAGGAGACAAUCAAGGAAGUUUUCAAGAAAUUAAGUUGACUAGUUCUCCAGUGAAAAAAAUAAAGUAAGACUGGAAGUAUACGGAAAUACGUUGUUUCACACCUUGGCCAUCGAGAUUUUUGACUCUGCUUCUUUGUAGUUAGCUUUGAGAUUAAGCAUUCCAAGCACACAGCCUUGAAUUUAUGUCUAACUUAAUCGAAGCUUCUUAAGUUUUUCCCUCAGAAGCACAAGGUACAUUAUUCUGAAGAUGCAGGCUGAACUUUCCAUGGGUCUGUAACACUUUUUUCAACUGUGUUUGUCUCCGGGCAAAUUUUCACAUUAUUUUACCAAGUUUUAAAACGGGUGUAAUUCGGAAGAAGAUACUAAAUAAUUAGUCUGGUUGGAAAUGUUGGGAAAACUUUUUGUCAGCACUAAUGAUCUAAAUGGAAAUCAGAAACAGCUUACUCAAGCUUGCUUUAGUCUUUCGUAGAUUUGUUUAUUAUGUACUUGUUAAGUUUGUCGGUAAAGUAACUUUUUUUAACUUAUUAUUUGUAUUUUUUCCGCUUUAAUUUUUUGUUUUCUUUUAUCUUUUAUUGUUAAAAUCUCACCAGUAUACCACCAUUUGGAUAGGAAUUUCUGGUAAUGUUUCUUUUUGGAUUUGCCGCUUAAACUACCAUAAUUUGAGUAUAUUUUCAACGAAUAACGGUACAAAAAUCCAAUAAAGUCGUUAAGUCACUCAUGGUAUUAUUAAUUUUUAACAUUCAAAUGAAAGAAAUUUAGAGCAAUAAUAAGUAAUAAAAACUUUUUCCUCCCUUUAAGGAAUGUUUUUGCUCCUAGGAUUGUUCGAUUUUAUGAUUAGACUAGAUUCUCUGCCACAUUGUAUUCCUGUGAUCCUUUGACAGCUACUUACAAAAGAGUAUUUUUCAUUUUUUCAUGAUGAAUAUAAUUUAUAUGAAAAUAGCAUACCAUGAUUUUCUGUAUGUUUGAUGUAUAAUGUUCUCUUAUAUCUCGUGAGGAUCGAAUUUAGCAGAAGGGAAACACUGCAAUUACAGUGUUGUCAGAAUUGUGCAAUGUUUUAUUUACUUUUAAUAAUAUCAAAUACAUAUUCCCUUGAUGAAAUGUAAAGAAUAGUAUAAAAUUGACAAUCUUUUGGCAGAGAAACCGAAAGAGUCGGAUCUUCCAGGUAAUUUUCAGGUAGAGAUUAAGUUGCACAAUUUUUACAAAAGGGUAACUCUGGUGGUCCCCCUCUGCUAAAUUCGAUUCAUUCAUAAGUAAGCUUUAACAGAGAGGUUCAGAUUCAUAAACUGAUCGCAUGACCCAGCAUUCAAACUAAUGUUGGAAUCGAUGAUUGGCGUUAAAAAUGUUUUAAUAGAUGUAGCAAUUAUGACGGACUAGUAUUACAGUUAUGUGAUGUCUAUCAUUCAGCUUUACUGUGAAUGAAAAAUGUAGAUUUCUGGAGAAAAAUGUGAAAUUGCUGAGAUAAGCCGUUCAGUUAUGAUGUUAAUACCAUUAAUUGUGUGUGUGUGCCAGUACACCUUGAUCCUAUCUUUUUUGCUGUACAUCUUUUAAGAUAGAGGGCAGGCCUUUUAUUGAAAGAAGUAUUCCUUAUUGCUCUUCAAACAGAAUCACUAUUUUUAAUUGUUUUUUAUAAUGAUACAUCACUUAUUAAGUUGAUUCGACGGUCGCCAUUUUUUGUGUCAGAGCGAUGUGCGAUAUAUUGCACGUUACUCUGACACAAAAAAUUGCAAUCGUCGAAGCACCUUAAGUCAGAACUGUUAUUUUGAUCAUUGUUGCGUCCUCAAGUUUUUUUAAGGUUGACUUGCAAUUGUCUUCAAGUAGACAAACAAAGCAAAGUUGCCUUUAAGACCUUUCUUAAAUUUUAGCUUUAUCUAAAGAUUUUAAUUUAUUUAUUUUUUUUCCAAGGAAGGCAUCUUGUCUUUAAUUUUCGGCCCCUAACACAGCUGCUAUUCUUUCAUAGUUCAUUGUCAAUCAGCAUAUUGCCGAGCCAAAGAGUGAAAACUGGAAGAUUCUGGAAUGAUUAACUUAUUUUUAUUUUAUUUUUUUUACAUUACCAUGUAAAUAUUGCUCUUUUUUGUUACAUUACACUGACUUUUUAUGCUGCAAAA